CACGACCUCGCAGUCACCACCGUGUCCUUUGCCCAGUCCUCGCCACUUAUGGGCCUAUAAGUGCACCAUCUAACUUCAUUCAACUAUUUCCUAUUCACUCUCCACCAUGCAUUAUCUCACGUUCCUCUACCCAGUCCUGCUGGCCUCCUCCGCCUUCUUCAGUGGCGGAGAAGCUCUCCGAUCAGGACAGAAAAUUAAGCUUUCAAACGUGCAGAGCCUCACGUUACGGAAGGGCCUAGAGACAUCCCAUCGGCGCGUCCCUGCACUUCCCCAGUUGAAAUGCAUUGGCGGGUCCGCGAAAGGCCUCUACGAAGUCGAUGUAAUGCGCUGCAAGAACUCGGGAUAUGACUACAACGAAGAGGAUAUCCAGUGGACAUGCACCGCCUCUCUUCCCGAGGAAUUCAAACUCGGCUCUACCGAUGUGAUUUGUGAAGGAUACGAUUCCCCCAACGAUCCGUAUAUUCUGAAAGGUAGCUGUGGUGUGGAGUACAGAUUGGUGCUCACGAGCAAGGGAGAAGAGAAGUACGGGAAGAAACGGCCAUGGCAUGGAGACGAUGGUGGACAUUACUCAAACACACUAGGAGAGAAGGUUGCAGCUGCGAUAUUCUGGCUACUCUUCAUUGGCGUGGCAGUCUGGAUUGCAUACUCUGCAUUCUGCACCGGGACACGAGGAAACGAGGUCGUUGGAGGAGCCAACCAUCGACCGGGUUGGGGCGGAGGUGGUGGUGGAGGGGGAGGAUACGGAGGUCCUCAGGAUCCCCCUCCCCCAUACGAUUGGCGACCCUCUCCCAAGCCGAGCCCGAGUUAUGGCGCAACGGACGGCUGGAGACCGGGCUUCUGGUCCGGAGCAUUGGGCGGCGCUGCUGCAGGUUACGCUGCCGGACGGUCAGGAAACCGGGAUAGCCAGAAUCGGGGAAGUGGCGGUGGUGGCAGCAGCUGGUGGAACAAUGGCGAAGGGAACUCGAGAUCUGGAUCAUCAGGGUCUUCUGGCUCUAAUUCUUCAGCUAGGUAUGAGAGCACUGGCUUUGGAUCUACCUCACGUAGAUAGAUCAUCGAGUUCAGGUCAAAGUAUAGGUCAAAUUUGAUACCGAUACCGCCUUUUGUAGCUUUUGAUCGCCUGGCUGUCACAGAGUUGUUUCUACUUCUCUUCUCAUCCGUCAUUGCAAGAGGUCUGAGGCAAAUUUCGAUAAAAGCUUUACUCGUACGCUGAGUAUGCACGCCUGUCGAAAAGGAUCCUUCUAUCACCGAAAAUGAUAAAGGUAGCU